AUGAACUCAAGAGUCUACCGAAAGUGCAACGUCGCAAGCACCAGCACCCUGAACCUUGGCCGUCCUCGUUCACCCAGACCGACGACCUAUCGUGCGCGCAUUAUCGCUUCGGACCAAGCGAUAGGCCGGUUAGAUUGCUCAACCGGAUCGACUCGUCUUUCGAACGAGUGGUGGGAUUCUCGUGGGGCCAGACCCCACGAUGAGAUGCAUGCCAAAUAUUAUGGAGUGCAAGGCCGGCCCUCGUCAAAGGGUCGACAUCCCGGUCGUCAGUCAGAGUUGGCUCAAAAGCCUACCCAGAUAUUUGCACGUGGUAUAAUAGUUACACACAGCAGUGCACAGCAGCAUACACAACCGCAUGGGCGGGAUGGACAUCCAAGGCCCAAAGGCAAGUCAAGCGACGAAGCAGCAGUACAGCAGGGCCUACCCCCGUAG